GCUCUGCUCUCCUCGCCGGCUCCGCUGGGACGCUCGAAUGCCCCGGGUCCGGCCGCACCAGCCGGAAACUUGCCCCGCCAAGUCUCCCAGCCGCCUGGCGGCGCCAUGAGGCGCUGGCUCGGACGCGCGCCCUAUGGGGCCCCCGAGUCCCGCGCGUGACUGCCGAGCCCAUCUGUGCCCGGCGCCCGCUGCGCCCGGCCGCGCGCGCGCGCCGCCGCCAGGAUGCGUUACGCCGACCCCUCCGCCAACCGGGAUCUGCUGGGGAACCGAACUUUGCUCUUCAUCUUCAUUUGCGCUUUCGCGUUGGUGACCUUGCUGCAACAGAUCCUGUACGGCAGGAACUACAUCAAGAGGUACUUUGAAUUUUACAAAGGACCUUUCGAAUAUAACUCCUCGAGAUGCCUGGAGCUGAGGCACGAAAUCCUGGAGGUGAAGGUGUUGUCCAUGGUGAAGCAGUCGGAGCUGUUCGACAGGUGGAAGAGCCUCCAGAUGUGCAAGUGGGCAAUGAACAUCUCUGAAGCCAACCAGUUCAAAUCCACUUUGUCCAGAUGCUGCAAUGCCCCCUCCUACCUCUUUACCACGCAGAAGAACACUCCCCUGGGGACGAAACUCAAGUAUGAGGUGGACACCAGCGGCAUCUACCACAUCAACCAGGAGAUCUUCCGCAUGUUCCCCAAGGACAUGCCUUACUACAGGUCCCAGUUUAAGAAGUGUGCAGUGGUGGGCAACGGAGGGAUCCUAAAGAACAGCCGCUGUGGCAGGGAGAUCAACAGCGCCGACUUCGUGUUCCGGUGCAAUCUGCCCCCCAUCUCAGAGAAGUACACCAUGGAUGUGGGUGUAAAGACGGACGUGGUCACUGUGAACCCCAGCAUCAUCACAGAGAGGUUCCACAAGCUGGAGAAAUGGCGGCGGCCCUUCUACCGCGUGCUGCAGGUCUACCAGAACGCGUCCGUGCUGCUGCCUGCCUUCUACAACACGCGCAACACCGACGUGUCCAUCCGCGUCAAGUACGUGCUGGACGACUUCGAGUCGCCGCAGGCCGUCUACUACUUCCACCCUCAGUACCUGGUCAACGUGUCGCGCUACUGGCUCAGCCUGGGCGUGCGCGCCAAGCGCAUCAGCACCGGUCUCAUCCUGGCCACGGCGGCGCUGGAGCUCUGUGAGGAGGUGCACCUCUUCGGCUUCUGGGCCUUUCCCAUGAACCCCUCGGGCCUCUACAUCACCCACCAUUACUACGACAACGUCAAGCCCCGGCCUGGCUUCCACGCCAUGCCCUCCGAGAUCUUCAACUUCCUGCACCUGCACAGCCGAGGCAUCCUCCGUGUCCACACGGGCACCUGCAGCUGCUGCUGAUGGCGGCGCCAGGAUGUCCAGCCCACACUCCCGGACGCCGGAACCUUCUCUCCUCUUUUGCCUACUGGUGGGACUGGGAGCUGCAGGCCAGGCAGUGGGCGGAGCCUGGCGAUGAGGGAGCCCCGCCCUCAGUUCAGCUUGGGUCCCAGGGAGGCAAGGGUGGGAGGUGGGGCCGAGGCAGCCCUG